AUGGAGCCUUUACCAACGGACCAAGACCAACAAAAGACGAAAGCGGCAAGACCCUCGUCGUCGUUGGAGGAAUCCCCUUCAGAAUCACCAACAUCUACACCAGUGAGCUACUUUCCUGAACCAAGCCCAUUACCUGCAAAUACCUUAGACGCAACAAAUGCGGAAAUUAAUUCAAAUUCAAAUUCAAAUUCAAAUUCAAAUUUAAGUUUCUCCGCUCAGGGACACCGAAGACAAUCUUCGGUAAACUCUAGUGAUGAUGACCCAUAUGCUUUGGCAGAGAAAUAUUAUGGUGACUACAAGAAAAAGAUUUUGAACAAAAACUCGCCUUUGGCAAGGGUUCGUACUUUUAGUACUUUUGAAUCAAAAAUGUCCAGAAUUGACUUUAUGAAACAACUAAAUGAGGAACAUCCAAUCGUAAGCUCGAUAAAUGAAGCUCCCGAACCUCACAGUGAUCUCUCUUCCAGAUCUCCAUCACCUCCCAAGUCAACACAAGCACAAGCACAAGCACAAGAACCAGCAACGGCAACGGCAACAGCAACAGCAACAGCACCGGCAUCUAAAAUACCCCCGUUCAGACAAGGCGUUGGUCAAGUCAACUUCAACUUUCACGUUGGCAAGGACGACGAUCAUUCGCAUUCGGAUGGAGAUGACGAGUCUGGAGAACCAGAAAAAUUAAACAGGCCAAAUUAUAUACCGCUUGUAAGAGAAGUUUCUCCCGAUGCUGAAUAUUCUUCAUCGGAUUUAGACGAUACGACGCCACUACAAAAAACUAAUGAUGAUAGUUUUCAAAACAGAGUUACCAAAACGAAGUUGAAAAAGAGACCAUCAAUAGUGCCCAUUUACGAGCACGCUGAUGCAUCGGCAGAUUCCAUGCCCAUGAAAACGAAGGAUCAGAUGCUUUAUAGAAGAGCUUCCAUGGAUGAUACUAUUAUACGCCCAAAAAAAUACUAUAUCAGCGACGUCCAAGACACUUUAAGAGAAUUGUUGGCCAAUGAAGACACUGACAACAACUGUCAAAUAACAAUCGAAGAUACAGGACCAAAAGUGUUGAGAUUAGGUACCGCUAAUUCCAACGGAUACAAACAAGCAUCAGUCAGAGGUACAUAUAUGUUGAGUAAUCUUUUGCAAGAAUUGACUAUUGCAAGUAGAUUUGGAAGGCAUCAAAUUGUUUUGGAUGAAGCCAGAAUAAACGAGAACCCAGUUGCUAGAAUGAAGAGACUUAUUACCACUUCAUUUUGGAAAAACUUAACCAGACGUGUUACCUCGGAGAAUAUUGUUGAUAUGGCAAGAGACACUAAGAUUAAGGAAUAUUGGUUUGAUGAGAAUGGCGUAAAACACGAGAGUCAGGAAAGCCACAGAAUAUAUAUACCAUACAACAGAAAGGACCAGUAUGACUAUUUCAGCAGGAUCAAAAACUUGAGAGACGAUAUUAAACUAGAUGUUCAAUACUUACCGAAGAUCAUUGAUGCCGAUUAUAUCGAGUCGAUCAAUAAUAAACCAGGAAUACUAGCACUUUCAUCUAGGAGUAACCCUGAUGAUCCAGAGAACCCAAUAAGUUGGCCAUACGUUGUUCCAGGAGGAAGGUUCAAUGAAUUAUAUGGUUGGGAUUCAUAUAUGGAGACACUUGGUUUGUUAACUGACGUUAAGCCAAACCAAAAUUUGGAUCACUUGGAGUUGGCAAGAGGAAUGUGUGAAAAUUUCAUAUACGAAAUAGAGUAUUAUGGGAAAAUAUUGAAUGCCAAUAGAUCCUAUUAUUUAGGUAGAUCUCAACCACCGUUUUUGACAGAUAUGGCAUUAAGAACGUUCAAUAAGACAAUUGAAGUUGAUCCUGGGUCCAUGAAUGAUGCAAUUGAUUUUUUGAGAAGAGCGACGUUAUCAGCUAUAAAGGAGUACGAAACAGUUUGGUGCGCUCCGCCUAGAUUGGAUUCGAAAACAGGAUUGUCGUGUUAUCACCCAUCAGGUAAAGGUGUUCCGCCAGAAACAGAGGCGUCUCAUUUUGAUGCCGUUUUGAAACCAUAUAUUGACAAGUACAAAUUAAGCCAAGCUGAAUUUAUUGCACAGUACAACGAUGAUGAAAUUGUAGAGCCUGAAUUGGAUGAAUACUUUAUGCACGAUAGAGCAGUUAGAGAGUCAGGACACGAUACAUCUUAUCGAUUAGAAGGUAAAUGUGCAUAUUUGGCCACUGUUGAUCUCAACUCGUUAUUAUACAAGUAUGAGAAUGACAUUGCAUUUUUAUUGACUACUUUUUUUCAAGACAGAUUAGAGGAUAGUACUGGUAGACUACACUCAUCAAAUACCUGGAUUGAGCGAGCCAAGAAGAGAAAACAAAAUGUUGAUAAAUAUUUAUGGAAUGAAAAAGAUUGCAUUUAUUACGACUACAAUGUGCAUGAAGAGAAGCAAACAGAUUACGAAUCGGCUACGGCUUUUUGGCCGCUUUACUCCAAGCUAGCCUCAGAUGAGCAAGCGGCUAAGUUGGUGGAAGUGUCUUUACCCAAAUUUGAGGAGCAUGGAGGAUUAGUUGCUGGUACUUUGAAAUCGAGAGGCGAAGUUGGCUUGACCAGACCAUCUCGUCAAUGGGAUUAUCCUUUUGGCUGGGCACCGCAACAAAUAUUGGCAUGGAUAGGAUUAACCAAUUAUGGAUAUCAUGGAAUUGCAAGAAGAUUAGCAUAUAGAUGGUUAUUCAUGAUGACAAAAUCUUUUGUUGAUUAUAAUGGGGUUGUUGUUGAAAAGUAUAAUGUUACUAAAGGAGCAGUGUCACAUAGAGUUGACGCCGAGUAUGGUAAUCAAGGUUUGGACUUUAAGGGGGUUGCCACUGAAGGGUUUGGCUGGGUUAAUGCCUCAUACUUGCUUGGUUUGACAUUUUUGGAUCUUUACGCACAUAGAGCAUUGGGCACGGUGACACCACCAGAUGUAUUUUUGAAGAAUCUACACCCUAACCAGAGAAAAGGUUAUCAAUAA